ACGACGAGGACGCCAACAACCAUCUCCACCACCAACACCACCACCACCAAAAACACCACCAUUUUUGCCAGCAAAUCGCCGUCAUCACCCUAAAGAGGCGCGGCGCGCCUAUUCCCCCUCGGUCAAGAUGCAAGGCUUCAACAUGGGCCGGUACAUCCCGCCCUCGGCGGCGGGCACCACCACGUCCGGCAACAGGCUGCACAAGAAACACCCGCUGGGCUCGCGCGCGUCCAAGCUGGCCAGCCACGGCAUCCUGAUCGUGCGCUUCGAGCUGCCCUUCGCCAUCUGGUGCGCGCACUGCCCCCGGCCGACGACCAUCGGCCAGGGCGUGCGCUUCAACGCCGAGAAGCGCCGCGCGGGAAGCUACUACACGACGCCCAUCUGGUCCUUCAAGAUCCGCCACGGCGCCUGCGGCGGCGAGAUCGAGAUCCGCACCGACCCCAAGAACAGCGAGUUCGUCGUCGUCUCCGGCGCCAGGAGGAGGGACUACGGCGCCGACCCGGAACGGGACGACAGCCUGGUCAAGUCCGACUUCGUGAUCCCCACGCCGCGGGAGCGGGCCGAGCAGAGGGAGAGCGCCUUUGGGAAGCUGGAGAAGACCAUCGCCGACCGGGAGCAGCUGGAGAGUGCCAACCAGAGGAUCGGCGAGCUGUUGGAGGCGGCCGAGCGGCAGUGGGAGGAUCCCUAUGCGCUCAAUCAGCGGCUGCGGAAGGCGUUCCGCGAGGGGAGGCACAAGCGGGAGAGAGAGGCGGCCAGGGCAGAGGAGCUGAAGGAAAGGUUGGGGCUGGGGAUCGAAUUGCUGCCGGAGACGGAGGAGGAUGCCAGGAGGGCGAAGCUGGUGGACUUUGGGAGCGUCGACGUCGAGGGUAGUAGCGCCGGUGGGGUGGACAAGGCGCUGGCGAAACCGCUGUUUGACCGCGGACCGGACCGAACAGAGAAGGGGGAGGGUGUCGGCGGGCCGGCCAGAGGAUCGAGGAGACUCAAGUCGGAGAUCGAGGCCGCUCGAAGGCGGGACUACCUUGCCUCGGAGAUCGUCAGCAACACUCGCGCAGCAAAGGACCCGUUUCUCGACUUCAGCAGCAGGGAGGGCACCCCCAAGGGACCCGUCCGGCUGCCUGGCCUCAAAAGGAAGAGGCCGGCUGAAGAGGCAUCAGACACUCCACAAACCGCAUCAGGCACGGGGGGUACGCCAAACAAGGUGGUUCCCACCACUGCUCUGGUCAACUACAACUCGGAUUCGGAGUAAUUAGGUGGCCGCUCUGGUACUCGAUUUCACGACUGUAUGACUGCUUCGGUGGACUUGGCUUAUGGAUAGAUUAUGAUACCCCCGGGAUAGAAAUCGAAUCAUGAUGGUAUUACUGUGAAGCGGUGUAAAAACUAUCUAACCCUGAGUGACUCGCAUUCAACAAGGCAAUUCCCUUGGACAUUGCCCCUUGCCUAACGGCCAAAACCUGAACGAUUCCUUUCCUCCCUUCCUUCAGGAUCACGCGAGUCCCCGCGCCUCGGCCAAACU